AUACGCAGACGUACUCCUUUCCUUCUCCACCCAAAAUAUCUCAUAAAAAAAUCUCACAUCUUAUCACCUUCAAUUCAAAACUCUGCACCAUUUAAAAAAAAUUAAAAAAAAAAGAAACCCACUUUUUUCCACCCUUUGUUCCCCGGAAGAAUCAAAUGGACCAGACAUGAACGCUACCCGCACUCUCAGCCUCCACUGGGUUGCGCCGCCGCCGCCGCCUUCCUCCACCGCACUCUUCUCUGCCGCCGCCGUAUCCCCCGCCACCACCGUCAAACCCUCCUCCCUCCGCGUACACACCACCAAAAACCCCUCCAACAACUCUCUCUCUUCCACAACCCCAAGCGACAAGUUUUCCAAGUCCCAAGAUCAGGUGCUCCUCACACUCCUCCAGCAGAGGAAAACCGAGGAGGCAUGGCUUUUGUACGCCCAGUGCGGGGCCCACCUCCCUAACCCCACCUGCCUCAGCCGCCUAGUUUCGCAGCUCUCCUACCUCAACACCACGGAAGGGCUGACGAGAGCGCAGUCUAUCAUCCAGCGCCUCCGCCACGAGAGCCAGCUCCACCGCCUCGAUGCCAAUUCCCUCGGCCUCCUCGCGGUGGCUGCCGCCAAAGGCGGCCACACUCUCUACGCCGCUUCCAUAGUCAAAUCCAUGCUUAAAUCUGGCUACCUCCCCCAUGUGAAAGCGUGGAGUGCCGUGGUGAGUCGGCUCGCCGCUUCUGGCGACGAUGGCCCGACCGAGGCGAUUAAGAUGUUCAAUUCCGUGAUGAAAAGGGUGCGUCGGUUUACGGAUUCCGAGGUUGUUAAGGAUUCGAGGCCGGAUACGGGUGCUUACAAUGCCGUGCUCAAUGCCUGCGCCAACCUUGGCGACGCCAAGAAGUUCCUCCAACUGUUCGACGAAAUGUCCGAGUUCAAAUGCGAGCCGGAUGUCUUGACUUAUAAUGUGAUGAUUAAAUUAUGUGCCAGAGUCGACAGGAAGGACUUGCUUGUGUUCGUUUUCGAGAGAAUAAUCGAGAAGGGAAUACCGUUGUGCAUGACUACACUACAUUCCUUAGUUGCAGCUUAUGUCGGUUUUGACGAUUUAGAAACCGCCGAGAAAUUGGUUCAGGCAAUGAGAGAAGGAAGGAAAGACAUUUGCAAGAUCUUAAGACAUCCCACCUCUGAAGAUAGUUACUCCGAUGAUGAUUCCGAUGAUGAUUUCGAUGAUAUUAAAGUGGCAAACGAAAGUGACACAUUCGAGAAAUUACUACCCAAUUCAAUCGAUGUUAAUUCCGAGCCACCGGAGUUGACUAGAGUAUUUUCACCGGACUCGAGAAUUUACACAACCCUAAUGAAAGGUUACAUGAAAGCCGGACGUGUGGCCGACACAGUGAGGGUGCUCGAAGCAAUGAGGCAUCAAAAAGACGAUACUAGCCUUCCGGACCACGUGACCUACACUACGGUUAUAUCCGCAUUCGUUAAAGCAGGAUCGAUGGAUAGGGCCCGCCAAGUCCUGACAGAGAUGGCUAAAAUGCGCGUACCUGCAAAUCUCAUCACGUACAAUAUUCUUCUGAAAGGUUAUUGCCAUCAACUGCAGAUCGAUAAGGCGGAGGAUUUGAUAAGGGAGAUGGUCGACGAGGCAAGAAUCGAACCCGAUGUGGUUUCUUACAAUACGUUGAUCGAUGGAUGUAUACAAGUGGAUGACAGCUCGGGGGCACUUACGUACUUUAACGAGAUGCGAAAGAGAGGUAUUGCACCUACAAAAGUGAGUUACACCACUUUGAUGAAAGCGUUCGCUUCAACUGGUCAGCCGAAGCUGGCUAACAAGGUGUUCGAUGAAAUGCUCAAAGACCCUCGAGUGGUGGUGGAUUUGGUCGCGUGGAAUAUGUUGGUUGACGGGUAUUGUAAGCUGGGGCUAGUUGAUGAAGCGAAGAGUAUAAUUCAAAAAAUGAAAGAUGAUGGGAUUUAUCCGAAUGUGGCUACGUAUGGAAGCCUUGCGAAUGGGAUAGCGGUGGCCAAAAAACCAGGGGAAGCACUUUUACUAUGGAAUGAAAUAAAAGAGAGGUGUGGGAUUGAGAAUAUAGGCGAAGAACCUAAGUCUUUGUCCAAUUUUCCGCCAUUGAAGCCCGACGAAGGGCUUCUGGAUGCGCUGGCGGAUAUUUGUGUUAGAGCGGCUUUCUUUAGGAAAGCUUUGGAGAUUGUUGCUUGCAUGGAGGAAAACGGGAUUUCUCCGAAUAAGACAAAGUAUAAGAGGAUUUAUGUGGAGAUGCAUUCGAGGAUGUUUACUAGUAAGCAUGCCUCGAAAGCUAGGCAGGAUAGAAGAAGGGAGAGGAAAAGAGCGGCCGAGGCUUUUAAGUUUUGGUUGGGACUUCCAAACACUUAUUACGGGAGUGAGUGGCGGAUCGACCGUGGAGAUCGGGAUUGAUAAGAAGACAAAUACCACAGUGAUAUAUACUUGUCUAUGGUAAGUAGUUGUUACCUUGUUUGAAGUCAAGCCAUUGUUGUAUGAUUGUAUGUAUCAUUUGUAGUUUUUGAGCCUUUGAUCUGUGGAGUGUUCUGCCACCAAAUCUGUAGUGACCAGAUAAAGAUGAUAUACAUAAAUACUGUGCAUUUAUUUGACA